AUGUCACUAGAGGAAGAAGCACAAAGAUAUGCCAACACGUGCCCAAGAAGCAGAUCUGCUAUCUUCACACGUCCAAAUUCUGGCGAAAACUUCGCAAUGAUUACGUCAUCGACCUCAGCUCUUGACGCUGCUGUUCGGGUAUACUCGAAGGAAAAAAACUACCCUCUCAACAUUGCUAAAGAUGGAUUUCAGGCUGUAAGAUCAUGGUGGAGCAUAAUAUUCCGCAAUGGCAUGAAUAGGAGGGUUGUGUAUACGGAGUUUUUGGAAAGAAAACCAAUGUCGCCAAGCAACAUGACUCAGGUAUGUGGAUAG